AUGAACGCUCUCGUCGGCUACGGCAGCAGUGAUGAGGAAGAUGACAUUCAACCCGAGAAGCCAGCAAAGGUAGGCAGCUGCUACACAUACGGAACUGAAAAGCUAUGGAUGCCUACUAACGUUCGAGACUGUCAGAUAGCAAAGACCGCUGCUAAUACACCCUCCUCGACGACACAGACAACGAGUGCUACGCCAGAAGUUGCACCAAAACCAAAUGCGCCUGCACCACAGCCAGAAGUGCCAUUGAAGACAGACCAGCGACUCGACACCACAUCCCCGCCGCCAGGACCAUCUGCAGGACCAGCUCCGGCAGUAGCUGCACCCCAGCCAGACGAUAGCGCCCUAGGCUCACUCUCGCCCUACACCUUCGAACGCCAACGCCUCCGCGAACUCACAAUGCCAACCGUUCCCAAUUUCGACAUACCUGACUCUCCCCGUCCUCCUGAACGCAACAGCGAAGAAGCCGCAGUACUAGCUGCAACCACCAAGAAGUUCGAUCGCUUCCUCGAACUGAAGAAGCAAGGCGUACACUUCAAUGAGCGGCUGCAAAACUCUUCCUCACUGCGAAAUCCCAGCCUGCUACCCAAGCUCAUGGAAUUUGCGGGGAUCAGUAAGGAGGAUAGCUAUAGGAGUAGCCUGCCUGAGGAGGUUGCGGUCGCUGUGAAAUGGCCGGAGGAGUGUUAUAUUGAGGGGUUGAUAAGGCAGAAUGAGAGGAGAGAAAAGAAGAGGGUGGCGGAGAGGGACAAAGUGGAUUUUGUGCCUGCGGCGAGCUCGAAGUCUGCUGGGUCGAGUAAGGUGGGAACGCCGGAGGGUGGUGGAAGGGGUGAGAGGAGGAGUAGAUUUGAUAGGAAGUAG